GUCAUUGCACGCCGCGGUGCAGCACAAGUGAAAAUGGCGAGCCGGUGUGUGAGAGUGGUGAGGCAGAGCUGUUCUGUCGUAGCAUCUCCUGGGUUUUUAAGGUAAUAAAUGGCCUCCCCGAGGUUGCUGUGCACUGCGGCUCAAAAGAAGAGCAAUGGCCAGAACUCGGAAGAGGACCAAAGUGUAGCACAGAAAACGGAGCACAGUCCUGCUGAGACAGCAUGGACUGAGGAGAAGACCAAGCUGGAAGAGCAACUGAAGGAAAUGACAGACAGGUAUAAGCGAGCCCUUGCAGAUACAGAAAACUUGCGGCAGAGAAGUCAGAAGUUGAUAGAAGAAGCAAAGUUGUAUGGUAUUCAGGGCUUCUGCAAAGACCUGCUGGAAGUUGCUGAUAUCUUGGAGAAAGCAACAGAGAGCGUCCCCAAAGAGGAGAUCUCCCCACAGAACCCCCAUCUGAAGAACUUGUAUGAAGGACUGGUCAUGACUGAGGUUCAAAUCCAGAAGGUGUUCACCAAGCACGGCUUAAUCAAGCUAAACCCAACUGAGGCCAAAUUUGACCCGUACGAACACGAGGCUCUAUUCCACAGUCCGGUGGAAGGAAAGGAACCGGGCACAGUAGCGCUGGUCACCAAGGUGGGGUAUAAACUGCAUGGGCGCACUCUCAGACCUGCCCUGGUAGGUGUGGUUAAAGCACCAUAGUGUUUCUGAUUGCAUGAGAAAGGGUUGUACUGUUAUUUGUUGGCUAACAGAUGUCAUAAAUGAAGAUCAGUUGGUUUCCCCCAUUCAUUGUUAGCAAGUUAUUGGCACUCAAAGCAGUGGAUUGUCCAUUUGCACGUAUGUGAUCUGGAAUCUGUACACUGUAGCUACUACUCAGGUGCUCAAAGUUCAAAGUGGUGCAUCGCUUAUUGUGGAUGGAGAAAAAAAUAGGUAAUACAAAGUUGCAGAACAAUUCUGACCAAUCAUUUGAUAAACUUUUUGUGGGGAAAUACAUUAACCAACAGUAACAAGUAUAGUUCAGUGUACCAAUGUAGGUCCAACUUGUGGACUGUUAAUAAUUGUUUUAUUCUCUAUACAAGUAUGUACAGUUUACUGUGUAUGAGUACAUCAAUAAUUUUAUUUUAUAGUUUGAUAUAUACAUAUUAAAAUAUAGCUAUACAACAAAA